GGAGGAAGGUGGUUUGCGGGUUUAACAAUUUUCUUAUCAAAUUUAAAUGAAAUGAAUUGAAAUAGUAUUUAGUAACCGGGAUACGUGGAUAACACAGAAAUGCGAGGUUGGGUACAUUUACACUUUUGCCUACUAACUAUCCUAGUAAUUUGCCGGGAAAUUCAAGCAGUAGGAAAUUUAGAAACGCCAAAAAAUACAGUAAAAUUGCCUGCAUGCCGAGCUUGCAAAGUGUUUGUAGAAUCGUUUAAAAAGGGUUUGGAAAGGACAUCAAAAUUUAAAUUUGAAGGAGGAGAUGCGGCAUGGGAAGAAGAAAAAUUGGGAAGCUACCAAACCAGCGAGGUCCGGUUUGUAGAAAUACAUGAAAAAUUAUGCUCGGAAGUCCUGGAUGGCAAGGAAUCCUGCUACAAUCUCUUGGAGGAAUACGAGGAAACAUUAGAACAAUGGUGGUUUAAGGAUCAAAAAUCUAACCCAGACCUCUUUGAAUUCCUAUGUAUCAACACCUACAAAGUGUGUUGUCCAGAUUUACACUUCGGAAAAGACUGCACUCCUUGCCCUGGUUAUCCGGAUAAUAUUUGCAAUAACAAUGGUAAAUGCAAAGGAGCUGGUACCAGAAAAGGCGAUGGUAAAUGCCACUGUGAGAAAGGAUACACUGGGGAUUUUUGUAACAAUUGUUCUAAGAAUUAUUACCAAUCUUAUAAAGAUGAUAAGAAAUUAUUAUGCUCUCCAUGCCACGAGGCUUGUCUAGAAGGCUGUACAAAAGCAGGACCUUCAGGCUGCUUGAAGUGCAAGUCUGGUUGGUUCAAUGAUGAAACGAAGGGUUGUUUGGAUAUAAACGAAUGUGCGAGAUCGAAAAGUGUUUGCACCCCAUUGCAAUUCUGUGUUAAUACAGAAGGAAGUUAUCGAUGCCUUGAUUGUGAUAGAUCGUGUGCUGGGUGUACUGGAGAUGGGCCUGACAUGUGCAUCAAUUGUGCUAAUGGGUAUUUUAAAAAGGAUAACUUUUGUAUAGAUGCCUCGGAAGAGAAUAGGAAAUCUUUUGUGUCUGUGUCGAGAUAUUUGACCUAUUUGGGUUUGUGUAUUGCGACUUGUAUUAUAUUCAACAAGAAUACGUACGUAGCUGCCGUUGUAGGUUGCUGCGUGGCUGCUUACAUUACAAUUUCGGAAUACACCCUGAAUUCUGGAAUUCUACCAAAAGCAGAUUUAGAAAAGCAAGUGACUGACCAAGUGAGAAAAGCAUUUACAAAUAAUUAGGUUGUUUGGUUGCGUAGACGUCAUCAUAAUGUACACUAAGUAGUCUAAUCAUUUCAGGGAUUAGAAUAAAUUAUAUUUUCUACGAUGCGAUGAUUAUUAAGAUUGCAUCUUUUUAGUUUUUUCGAAUUUUGAUGUAUUGAUUUAGAGCACCUGUCAUGAUCACUAGAAAAAGUUUGUUGUAUAAUUUUGUAAUGAAUGUAUAUAUGGAGUUUUCUAAUGUAAAUUUUUACUACUACAAAAUAUAAUUAGAUUCAUUUUUUGGGGUGUGUCUGUAAUUACUGCCUUAUAGUAUUUUAUAGGUGUUCAUUCUCUUAACUAUCGUUCCAUACCAGUUAAAUUAAUAAUUACGACAUACCUUUAAUUGCUCAAAAAUGAUCAAGUAGACAUUGUAAUGGCCCGAUUCGAAGUGUAAAACUUUAUUUACAAUUACAAAUAUCUUUUGUAUCCCAAACAUAUUACUUUUAUCUGGAAAGUUUUUUCCUGACCUUUUGUGGUUCUUUUAGGCAUUGUAAUCCUAGAAUUAGCAGAUUUUUAUAACGACUUUUUUGCAACCUGCUUCAAAAAUCUUUAUUUAUCAUUAGCUACGCGCUUACCUGUAUAUUUAAUACAGUUCCUAUAUUAGUUGUAUGAUUGUGGACGAAUAUACAGGGUCUAUAGGAAAGUUGAUGGUGUAUUAUCAAUUUGUGUAUAUUAGAAAUAUCGAUACAUUAAUUUGAAGCAGGUUAUUCAAGCCUUAUUAAAAUUUAGAUUGUAUAUAACACUCGCCAAAUAUUAUCUUCUUAAUGCAAUAAACUAUAUUCUAAAUAACAGGGCUAGGUUUUAAUUAAAUUUAUACUAGGUAUUAUUUAUUUGAUUCACUUUUAAAUAAAACGCCUUUAAGCUAAGUGUUCUUGUUCGUUUGUAUUCAGAUUUUUUGUAAGUGCCAAGCGGAUAAUUCAUAGAAAUGUUAGUGUUAGAACGUUAGAAGUCUAGAUAAAAAAUAAUUCUUAAUUAGAUUUUUACAAGCUGUCUUAUCCUUGUUAAAUUUCAAACUGCCGUAAUAUAUGGGUAAGUGCAAAUUGGUCAAUUCUAUGAGUAGAACAAAGAAUUAUUAAAAUAAUAGUGGUUAGACUGAGAAAAAUGCGAUCACACAAUAUCACUCUUUUUCGUUUAUAUGAGAAUAAUGAAAGUUGUCUUUGCUGCACUCAUAUAGCGUACCAAUUUGCACUUAUCUGUAUAUUAGCAAACAUUUACACAAUUGAUUCUAAAUAGGUAACAUAAACAUACGAAUUCUGAAUAAAAUGUGUUAUACCGAGCGUCCUAGUUCGAGCGCUGCAAUCAGUAAAAAGAGAGAAUCAGUCGAACUGACAAAUGCAGGGUUCCAAGGUGACCGCUCUGUAUAGUCUACAUUUAAUAUUUUACGUCCAAAUAGAGGUCUAAGCAAAUGUGAUGAUGUUUCCGCAUUAUGUGGAAUAUGAAUUGUGAUUUUUAUAAUUUAUUAUAUUUUUUUUGUUUCCAUGGUUGUUUGAUUUUAAAUUGUGCGUUUUUGAAAUAUACUAUUCUCUUCACCAUUGAUGU